GGUAGGAAGGACGAGGGAAGCCCUCUUGUCUUAUAGGAGAUGAUUUUGAGUCUAUGUUUUACAGAAAAAUUUACCUUUUAUAAUCGGUUGCCAUUUCGAUUAGUAGGUUGUAUUUACGUGGGAUCCUUGUCCAACCCGGUAGAUUUUUUUUUCCUUUUUAAUUAAUAUCCUUUGCAUUUGCUUAGAGGAAAAAAGGAAAAAAAAAAAAAAAUAUUGACCCCACUUGUUUGCUUAGAAAGAAGUGACCAACUCGUUUCCCUUCUCCAACUCUACGCUCUUUUCCCUUCCUUUUUUCCUUCUAUUCUCCCGUUGAUUCUUCUUCCCCUCAACAUUUCCUUCUCAACUCUUUCUUCCUCUCUCUGAACUCUUAUAUACAUCACCUUCGAAGGCAGAAGAGCCUCCUCCUGCAUAAACCCAAAACCCCACUCCAAAAUGACCGAAGAAUGCAAAUGCUCACACAAAGGCCGACGAAAAGUUAUUUGCAGAUGCAUCACUAUCUUUUUCCUAUUAGUUGGUGCGACGGCCCUUACACUUUGGCUAGUCUACCGCCCCCACAACCCUCAGUUCAAGGUCAUCGGCACCACCAUCAACGAGCUUAACUUCUCGGCAGCGCCGCUCGUCACCACCAACAUGCAGUUCACGGUCGUCACAAGAAACCCAAACAAGCGCAUCUCCAUUUACUACGACAGUCUUUCAGUUUCUGUAUGGUAUAGAAACCAAGCCAUAACGCCCAAGGUGAUGCUGGCUCCGUUUUUCCACAAGCACCACCGCAUCGUGACAGUGUCACCGGUAGUUUGCGGUGGGGAAAUACCGACGUCGGUGGAGGUAGCAAAUGGGUUGGUGAUGGAUGAGGCGUAUGGGGUCAUGGGGUUGAGUUUGGUGUUGAUGGGGAGGCUGAGAUGGAAGCUGGUUGGGGCUAUAAAGACUGCGCAUUAUGGGAUUUAUGUGAAAUGUGAUGUGUUGUUGGACUUGAAGAAAGGUUUUGUCGGUCAGGUUCCCUUGCUUGGAUCUCCAGGAUGCAAAGUAGAUAUAUGAAAAAUUGUAUUUGCAACUUUCUAUUUUAUUUUUCUAUAUUUACUUUUGGCAAACAUAUAUGUAUGUGUUUUAGUUGUUCGUUUGGAAAACUUUCUUUGCAAUCCAAUCUGUAGCUCUAGAGAUAGAUCAAAGAAAGUUGUUCAGUCCCAAAGUACUAAGUUAAAAGGCAUAUAUAUGAAUUUAUAAGGAUGGUAGAAGGUUUCUACCUCUUCUUU